GAAACGCCUCUCUGAGUGUCUGCAAUAUCAUUUGCAUAUAUAAAGAGAGGCUGAUCCAAUGUCUCUCCCUCAGAAUCCAGUCCAGACAGCCCAGUCUGACCAGUACACCACCAUCAUCCAAAGGGAUUAUUUAUCCACUGGAAUAAAACAGUCUGAUCAUGGUGGGUCUGAAGCCGUCUGAAGCUCCUCCUCCUCUGGGAGUGAAAGUACUGAGCGCAGGAACGGCCGCCUGCAUUGCUGACCUGGUCACCUUCCCUCUGGACACAGCCAAAGUCAGACUACAGAUCCAGGGGGAGAAGGCGGUGGAGGCUGCUAAGGGCAUCCGUUACCGGGGCGUGUUCGGGACCAUCAGCACCAUGGUGCGGACAGAGGGGCCACGCUCGCUGUAUAACGGCCUGGUCGCCGGCCUGCAGAGACAGAUGGCCUUCGCCUCCAUACGAAUCGGCCUUUACGACAACGUCAAGAGCUUCUACACAAGAGGAAAAGACAAUCCUAACGUUGGUAUCCGGAUCCUGGCCGGCUGCACCACGGGGGCCAUGGCUGUUUCCAUGGCUCAGCCCACAGACGUGGUGAAGGUUCGCUUCCAGGCCCAGAUGAACCUGCAGGGAGUGGCCCGCCGCUACAACGGCACCAUGCAGGCAUACAGACAGAUCUUCCACCAGGAGGGUCUCCGGGGGCUGUGGAAAGGAACGCUACCCAACAUCACAAGGAACGCCUUGGUCAACUGCACAGAGCUGGUCUCAUACGAUCUCAUCAAAGAAGCCAUUCUCAAACAUAAGCUGUUGUCAGAUAACCUGCCCUGCCACUUCGUCUCUGCGUUCGGCGCCGGCUUCAUCACCACAGUCAUCGCCUCUCCAGUGGACGUGGUGAAGACGCGCUACAUGAACUCUCCUCCCGGCCAAUACAAGAGCGCCAUCAACUGCGCCUGGACCAUGAUGACCAAAGAAGGACCCACAGCUUUCUACAAAGGGUUUGUACCGUCCUUCCUCAGACUGGGCUCCUGGAACGUCGUCAUGUUUGUGUCAUUUGAGCAGCUGAAGAGAGCGAUGAUGGUCUCCAGGAAAAAGAUGGAAGCCACCAUGUAGACAGAUAAAGGAACUGUAAUUCUGCCCCCAUUUUGAACCUAUGGACUCACAGAGAAAGCAGACGUUUUGAGCUUCUUGAGAGGAAAGUGAUGGUGGACAAAGUCUGGUGGUUAAAAAAUGUUAAUUUAUUGUAAGGUACUUUAAAGGAAAAGAUGAGGAACACACAACCUGGGCUUUAGCUUGUUUAGCAGCAUUGUGAUGCAGUGUAAGCUUCAGCAUUGCCAGGUCGUGUAAACGGCUCAAUUAGCACGAUCAGAUCUUUUAGAUCAUAUCAUGCUUUCUACAUCAGGAGUCCGAGAGUGAAUUGUGAGUUUUGGAAACAGUGUUUGCUGUCAGCUGCAGCCGGCAGAUGGUGAAAAGCCACUUUCUGCACUUUAAUCUUCCCUCUGUGCUACAUGCAGAUAGAUGUACAUAGUGGCUUUUCACAGAAUGAGAAUGUUGCUUUUAUAAUUAUGAAUAUUAAUUAACUUGGUCACACUUUAUUUUGGUGGUCUCCUACAACUCCUGCAAUACAAAUGCUGGAAACUGUUAAAACCACCUGGUUGAAGUUAACUUAUUUAAAUGUACUGAUAUUGAAAAACAGAGUGAACAUCUACAGAGAACAUCAAAAUGAAGUGUUACCAUUAAUUUAUUUAAAAUGUUAAUCCUUUGUUUAAAAAGGGAACCCUUAUCCAGGGUAAAACUAUGUUUUUGUACUUUAUUUCUCCCUGAAUCUCUCUGUUUACUGUAUGACGCUGUACUGUGACAGAGUGACUGCUCGAGUGCUGUAAACAUACAGGAGCAAUGUGCAAGGACACAUCCUGCACCACGACACACAUCAAAGGUCCAUUUCUAAAAUAAAUAUAUAUUUAAGUAA